UGGCUAGUUCAACUUUCAGGUAGAAUGUUUGAAUUUAAUUCAUAUAGUAAAUUUCAGCCUUUUUAUAAAUGAAUUCGCAGAUCCACAAAGUUGACGAAUAUGGAUUUGAGCGCCCUGAAGAUUUUGACUACGAAACGUACGAGGAUUUCAUGUCACAUUACUUGAUAGUGUUGGCGAAAAGAGCGAAGAAGUGGUCCGAUCUAAUAGGAGAAGGGAAGUCUGUGAAAAGAAGCUUAACAGUUAAACGAUACGUAAGAAAAGGGAUUCCUGGAGAACACAGAGGCCUCGUGUGGCUGACGGUGAGCGGGGCGGAGCGCCUGCGCGAGCAGCGGGGCCCCGACCUGUACCAGCGCCUGCUCAGCCAGCCCCUGGACGAGGACAUAGUGGACACCGUGCGCACGGACCUGCCCCGCACCUUCCCGGACAACAUCUUCUUCAGCGCGACGGCCGCCCACCAGCAGCAGCUGUACAACGUGCUGGUGGCCUACGCCCACAACAACCGGGACGUCGGCUACUGCCAGGGCCUCAACUACGUGGCCGGGCUGCUGCUGCUGGCCACGAAGAGCGAGGACACCACCUUCUGGCUGCUCAAAGUGCUGGUGGAGCACAUCCUGCCCAGCUACUACACCCGCACCAUGCAGGGCGUCAUCACGGACAUAGCCGUGCUGGAGGAGCUGGUGCGGCUGAAGGUGCCGGAGGUGCACCGCCACGUGGCCGCCCUGGGGCUGCCCUGGGCCGUCAUCGCCACCAAGUGGUUCAUCUGCCUGUUCGCCGAGGUCCUGCCGACCGAGACGGUGCUGAGGAUCUGGGACUGCCUGUUCUACGAGGGCUCCAAGAUACUGUUCAGGGUGUGCCUGACGCUCAUCAAGCGCAACCGCGAGUCGCUGCUGCAGUGCUCGGACUUCUCGUCGCUGGCCGAGUGCUUCAAGGAGAUGGUGCGCGACACCCUGGCGCUGCGCUGCCACGACUUCAUGCAGGUGCGACGGCCAGUCUUCUGGGCACGCGCUCGGAGCGUCGAGACAGAUGAAUACCGCAUUUGCUCGCGUAAAGGCCCCGCCCGCGUGUACGCCCCCAUUUCUGAGUAAAAAAUUUAAAAACGUGUUUUUCUGGGUUCAUCUGAGGGCAGGGCAGCUUGGCAUGCGUCAAACAGCAAGCCAUGUAUUGUGAGCGGCAGUGAUACGGAGACUGGUAUUAUAGUUUGUCCGCUCUCAGUAGGACUGUCGUGAGGCGUGACAGACGUACGCAGUUAGUCGUAUCUCAAACGACAUAAAGAUAAAGAAAGCUAAACUCGCGCGCUUGUGUUGAUGUGCGGUGUUGUCCGAGAAGAAGAGGGGAAGUGAAGGAGGAAGGGAAGUUGGUCUGGUUGGCUGGCAGGAGGGAGGUUAAGCCACGCCUCUGCCUCUCUCCCCCUCCUGCCACGUCGCUGCCUCCCCCACCCUCCCUCAUUAGAACAAAGACGCACGACUUGCCAGUCGUUUCGCCAGCUGUUUCAUUUAAUCAAAAUUUAAUUGGCGUUUAAAUAAGUUGUGGCGGUAUUUCAUUUUGCUUUUAUUAAAUGUUAGUUUUUCAUACCUGAAAAAAAGAUAAAUCUAUUUUUUCCUCCAAAUACGCGUAUAGGCCCCCCACCUUUUUCUUGGAGUCAAUACGGUAGAAAUGAAAAUGUUUUGUUGUUGUUUCGCUGCGUAGCAAGAGGGUUUAGAGGGAGCAUAUUUGUUGGGUUUCUGCACAAGUGAGUGUUCACGCUGCGCAAGGAAGGAGUGGUGCAAGCCUCGAGCGGUGCUGAGCUCACAGCUUGAGUGUUGCACUGCCACACAUGAAGGCUCUAACACAUUGCGGUCUGGAACUAGUUGGUAGUUGAUUUUUAAGUAUUUUACAAAAAAGUUGUUAAGAAAGAGAACGAGAAGGCUACAUACUCACAUUGUAUGCAAGAAUUUUGUUGGUUGAUUUUAUAAGAUUUGACUUGUCUCUGUUUUAACAUUAGGAGAUAGAAAAACUUAAGAUAUCUAAAACAAUAAUGUUCUCUGUUGUAGUUGUACUUUAUAACCAAGUCCUUACAUAAUUGCAAUAAAAGCGUAUUUACCUAAAAU